ACAGGCUUACCGGUAAUGUCCGAAGUUCUGAUUGGUAAUCUGAUGGCUUCUCUGAUUGGGUAUCCCUUCCUAAGCGAGCAGCGAGAGGACCGCAGCUGUUUGAACAGCCGACCACAGUCGACAUCCAGUCGACAUUGGUCGACAUGGUCGACACUUAGGUUAGAACCAAAAAGUCAAGCAAAGUCAAUGUUUAUAAUUAAUAUUAAUAUUAUAAAUAUGGUACGAAGAUGCGAAGUUUUUGGCUGUCCUGUUAGACAAAGUCAGGGGUUACGAUUAUUUUACUUUCCAAAAUGUGGAAAACAACGUUUAUCUUGGCUAUCUUGGAUAAGAGUCAAACGACCUGGAUGGAUUCCUAAAACGAAUAGUCGUAUAUGUGAAUUGCACUUUGCUCUAAAUUGUUAUGAGAAGCGACAGGAUGGCAAGAAAAUAUUAAAAAACACAGCUAUACCCAGUUUGCAACAAGAGUCAUUAGAAAACCAGUCAUUUGAAAAUCCAGAGCUACAAAGAGAAACAUUAAAAUACAUGGAAAAUGCAGAGCAUUUAAAGGCAUCAUUGAAAGGAUUUCAAACUUCUAAAACUAAAGUUUAUUUAUCGUAUAUUACUAAUGUUUUUCAUGCGAAAAAAUCAAUCGUUUUACAUGAUUCAGAUUGUUCAACAUCUGUUUUAUCAAAGAAAUUGCAAUCUCAAGUGUCUUCUGUUAGAGACUCUACAGUAGAUAAAGGAAUUACUGAAUCAUCUGAAUCAAGUAAUAAUACUUCUUUGAGCCAUCCUGAUUAUUCUUUUUUAAAUGACUCUAUGCCAAUAGAAGUUACACAGUCAUUCUUAUUUUGUCCAGUUAACAAAUCUGAUAUACCUAUAGAAAAUGACGAAAGUUUUAUACAAUCUAAUCUAACAGAAAAUGUCAACACUCAAACAAAUAUAUUUGAAUAUAAUAAUGUCAAUACUCAAACUAAUACAUUUGAACGUCAUAAUAUCAGCACUCAAACAAAUAUAUUUGAAUAUAAUAAUGUCAGUACUCAAACUAAUACAUUUGAACGUCAUAAUAUCAGCACUCAAACAGAUAUGUUUGAUAUCAGUAUUCAAACAAAUAAAUUUGAAUAUAACAAUAUUUCUGCUGAUAAUUUUGUAACAAUCGUUGAGGCAUUAAAGAAAGAGAUAGCUGAGAAACAGAAAAGAAUUGAAAGCCUUGAAAAGCAGCAUAAUAUUAUUAAAAAAACUAGUAAUAAAGUUUAUAAAAUGUAUUCUGUCACUAAACACAAGUAUGCAGCUCAUUACAAACAAGUAAAACUCUUGAAAAAAAAUAAAAACAAGAUUUAUGGUAUUCUUGACAAGAAGUUGCAUCUAGAUCAAAUAGAAGCUUUAAAUAGAAAAUCAAAUAAUGGAUUAAAAUAGAGCUUUGCUACUAUAAAAGAUGCUCUUGUUUUUAAAAUGAAAUGGGGAACACAAGGUUACACCGAUUUUGUUAAGCGUCUUCCUAUUUAUCCUAGCAUUCGGACAUUGCAAAGACAAUUAUUUCAUUUAAAAUUUAAUAGCGGUAUUCUAUUAGAAGUGUUUGACAUGAUGAAGAUUGAAGUACCUUGUAUGACCAUAGAAGAAAGAGAAUGUGUAAUGGUACUUGAUGAAAUGUCAAUAAAACCUAGCGAAGUGUUUGAUCCAUUAAUACAAAGAAUGAUUGGAUACUGCACUUUUCCUGCACACUCAGGAAUUGCAACAAAAGUUUUAGUUAUUUUAUUGGCAGGAAUUUCUCGUAGAUGGAAGAUUACUGUUGCUUAUUAUUUUACUGGUACGGCAGAUUGCGAAUGCAAAAUACAAGAUGUAAAUGCUACAGAAAAUGCAUUAAAAACAAUCAUUUUCACUUUAAUUGAAAAGGCAGAAAAUAUUGAUCUGCGUGUCAACUCAGUGAUCAGCGAUAUGGGCAGUGACAACAAAGCCAUGUGGAAUGCAGAAUUCGGAGUUGGUUGUACCAAAGAAUAUGUAAAAACAAGCAUUAUACACCUUGUUAGACCAGCAAAUAGAUUAUAUUUUAUUCCUGAUCCAGUACAUUUGUUUAAGAAUAUUAAACAUAUGUUGGAAAAUAAUAAAAUUAUUUUCCUGCAGAUAUCUGUGCCGCAAAUAAUUUAUCUAAUUCUUUAGUAGAUAUUCAACAUAUUGAAACAUUACUGCAUCAUGAGAACAAGCAUGAAUUGAAAAUAGCUUAUAGACUCAAAGAUACUAAUUUACACUGCAAAAAUCAAUAUAACAAGAUGAGAGUGUCUACCGCUAGUUCAGUUUUAAAUAAAAGAACAGAAACAGCAUUAAAAACUUAUGCCAAUUAUAUAAGUGAUAAUUUAUUUGAAACUACAGCUUUUCUUAUUAAUCUUGUGGAUCGUUGGUGUUAAUUGAUGUGGACUGUAUAUAAAAAUGUUAAAUUGAAGCAAUUAUUGCACAAAAUAAAGUCUUUAUUUUAAUAUU